UGGAACAGCAUUUGAGUGUGUGAAGUCCAUAUUUAAAUCCGCGUUAGAUUCGCGCAUAUUGAUAUCUGCACGAUAUAAACAGUAAGGAAUAAUGGAUAAAAGGUCGAUCGUAUUCUCCACUAUGGAUGACGAGACGGCGGAUAAAUUAGACGAGAUAUUUGGGUUGAAGCCGUGUCUCGUAAAGGUGCAACCCAGUUGUUGCUUGUUACCGCCGAAAAUGAUCUUUUACGCUCAGAAAAUACGUGACAUGCCGGUAUACGAGGACGACGUUUGGAUGAUCUCGUUUCCUCGAACUGGAAGUCACUGGGCACAAGAAAUGACAUGGUGCAUCGGGCACGAUUUUGACUACGAAGAAGCCCGAACGAUCAUAUUAAAGCGGAGUCCUAUGCUCGAGGGUUCGGUUAUCAUGAUCAACGGGAAGUAUGAUGAAUGGUUUAAAGAUCUGGGUAACUCUGUCGAAAAUAUAGCAAAGAUGCCACGGCCGCGAUACAUCAAAACUCAUCUACCUUGGGACUUAUUACCGCGGCAGCUUCAUGAGAAAAAACCAAAGAUAGUUUAUAUCACGAGAAAUUCAAAAGACGUCUGCGUUAGUUAUUAUUAUUAUUGCAAAGCAUUCCACGGUAUAAAUGGAAGCUUCGAUGAUUUCGCAGAAUUAAUGCUACGUGAUAGUGUGCCAUUCUCUCCGUUUUGGGAUCACAUUCUGCCUUUCUGGAAGUCGAGAGAUCAAGCUAACAUAUUAUUUCUCACGUAUGAAGAAAUGAAACGGGAUCAGGUGGCAGCGAUUAAGAAAACAGCGAAAUUUUUAGGCAAAAACGUGACGGACGAGCAAGUUGCCGGAUUAUGUGAACAUCUGAAAUUUUCUAAAAUAGCAGCGAACCCUUCGGUGAACGUACAACUGCUACUAGACAAGGAGGAGACAAAGACCGAUUCGAAUUUCAAAUUUAUCAGAAAAGGCGAAGUUGGCGAUUGGACGAAUUACAUGUCAAAGGAUCUCGCUCGACGAUUUGACAAAUGGACGGAGGAACAUCUACGUGGGACCGGCCUAAACUUCGAUGUGAAUGUUAUAUCAGACGAAGACUAGGAAGCUUCGUGUUCUUCGCAUGAAACAGCCAUGACGAUUGCUGUUUUAGAUUUACAUUACAAUUACGCAUAAUUAUUACAUCACGAUUUACUUAUUGUGGACAUUUAUCCGAUUUAUCGUAUCUAAUUAUAAGAGCAAAGUAAAAGUGCAUCGCUUAAUAAAAUCGCCAUUCCCGGAAAAAAAUGUUCUAUACCCAGUGAGAAAUGACAAUGGAAU